CUACGGCUCUCACUCCAGCUUCUACAACCGGCCAUGCACAUACCCAAGAGAUAUUAGAUUAUCAUGUAUUGAAUUCUAUCAAUCAGACGCCUUGUGCGCCAAGACAUACGGGAGCUCUCGAAGCGAAAAAGCGGUUCCUGCAGCUUCGACGCACGGACCAAUAGCUUAAUUCAAGCCGCAAGAGUCCCUCCAAACAAUUUUCCGUCAGCGCGGUACUCCCGUCCCCAUAAGUGCUGUCCCAACCGCGUACAACGUCAGCCUUGCAACUGCGUUGCGAUCGCAGUCGCAUUCACUUCCCCGUCGACUUUCGAUCUCAGCACCUGAAUCUGCCACCCGGCACAUCAAAACGGCAGCAACAUAAUCAUUAAUUCUUUAUUCGUCUUGAUCGAAGAGUUGUCUUUGCUAAGUUACCAACAAAGAGGCGCCCAAAGGUGCGGCGGUGGAGCCUUCGCUUCGGGCAUUGUCCUUGGGACAGCAGACACCCACCAGUCCCUCGAGCGAACAAGAUUUGCGCCAACCUGAUACUUGCAGACAACACGAAAAGAGUCGACUGGCUUCAAAUAGCUACCUUCGAGAUUUCUCAAGCUUCUAUAUUCCACCGAUUCUACCCUAACGCGACAACCGUCACCCGCGCCAAAACAUGUUCUUCCUUCACAAUCUCGAGCGGCGUGUCCUGCUGCACCCAUCCUACUUUGGCAAAAACAUGACCGAGCUGGUCACGACGAAGCUGGUCAAGGAUGUUGAGGGAACAUGCACGGGCGACUACUACAUCAUCGCAAUCAUGGAUACCUUCGAUCUGUCCGAGGGGCGCAUUCUCCCCGGCAGCGGCAUGGCCGAGUUCACAGUGGGCUACCGCGCGGUCGUGUGGAGGCCGUUCAAGGGCGAAGUUGUCGAUGCCAUCUGUACUAGUGUUAAUCAGCAUGGUUUCUUCUCCAACGCCGGCCCUUUGAGCAUCUUUGUCUCUACUCACUCGAUACCGCCUGAUAUCCAAUAUGACGCAAACGCCACACCUCCUCAGUUUACCAACCACUCCGAUAUAGUAAUCGAGCCUGGGACGCACGUGCGCAUCAAGAUCAUGGGCUUGCGCACGGGGGUGGGGGAGAUGUUUGCCAUUGGAAAGAUUGACGGUGAUUAUCUCGGUCGUGAGAUGGUCUGGUGUAGGAAGUGUACCAAGGCGGUCGGGGACAAGAUGUGUCUGAGGACAGGCACGGCAGCGUUGGCUACUAAAAAGAUGACUCCGAUCGGCACAUGGGCAACACGAAUGGGGUUGACCAGUCAAGCUCCAGUAUCGAGCUUACUAGCACAUAACAUCACAAAGCUAGCGACAACGGAGGGUUGCUUUGGGAGGCAUCAGCGAGAAUUGGGGUUUCCAGUAGUGGUGAGCAAGUAAACACCAAAGCUGCGAAAUCACCAACGCCGAGGUAGUUGGGUAGAGGGAUAUGGGACCUCAAAAGAAACCGGGGCUACAUGGUGGUUAUUUGCCGUCAAACGAUUGUAUGUAAGGGUGUCAUCUGUUGUAAGUGAACGAUGCAGAAGGAAACAUAACAACAACAAGGCCCAGCUUAGCAGCUGAAAGCUUGAGGUCACAACGGAACACAAUCUCGAUAAUUCACACUUCUCGACAAAUAAUUUG